AUGGCUCGAGGGAUGAUAAUAUCUGCAACAUCCCGACGUAAGGAACUCACACAUCUCUCCAUUCCGGCAUGGCUUGGAUGGCGUUUGCAUCAUUUGCUUCCAGAUUCUGAUCCGGUAAGGGUUAUGGUCAAGGUUGCAACUCGAGCUUCGUUGGCAGGGUUUGUCGUUGACGAGCCAUCCGCAGGGAGGCUGGGAUCUUUCUCUGUGUAG